AUGUCUGCCGCCGGCACUGAGCCCCUGGUCGAGGAGACCCAGCCUGUCGAGGUUCCCCAGACCACGGAGGAGACUACCACGACCGAAACUGCGACUAGCGAAGUUGCCACUACUGAGCCCGCCGCUGAGGAGCCCGCCGCUGCUGAGGCCACCACCGCCGCUUCGGAGACUGCCGCCACUGAACCUGCUGCGACCGAGACCGAGGCCAAGGAAGAUGCUCCCGUCACUUCCUCGGCCGUCUUCUCCAUGUUUGGCGGUGGCGCCAAGAAGGAGAAGAAGGAGGACGAGGACCGUGGUGAUACCUCUGGCAGCGCAAAGGCUCAGCGGGAUGCCGCCAAGGCUGAGGGCGAGGAGGAGGCUCCCGAGAGCGAGGACGUUCACUUUGAGCCUGUCAUCAAGCUGACGGAGAAGGUCGAGACCAAGACCAACGAGGAGUCUGAGGAGCAGCUCUUCAAGAUGCGCGCCAAGCUCUUCCGCUUUAUCAAGGAAUCCAACGAGUGGAAGGAGCGUGGUACUGGCGAUGUUCGUCUGCUCAAGCACAAGGAGAACGGUCGCACACGCUUGGUCAUGCGCCGCGACAAGACUCUCAAGGUCUGCGCCAACCACUACAUUGUGCCCGACAUGAAGCUUGCUCCCAACAUUGGCUCUGACCGGUCUUGGGUUUGGAACGCCGCCGCCGAUGUUAGCGAGGGAGAGCCUGAGGCGGUAACUCUGGCCAUCCGACUCGCCAACUCUGACAAUGCCAACGAGUUCAAGGAUGCCUUCCUCAAGGCGCAGCAGGAGAAUGAGGUACUGUUCAAGGAGGCCGAGGCUGCUGCUGCUGCUGCUGAGGGCACAGCCGAAUAA